AUGGCUAAGGUAUUCGAUGCGACAGAAGUCGCAAAGCACAACACUCGUGAGAGCUGUUGGGUGAUCCUAUACGGCAAAGUCUACGAUGUCACCGAUUUUCUGGGCAGCCACCCUGGCGGUGCAAAGAUUAUUCUGAAACUCGCUGGACAAGAUGCCACUGAGGAAUAUGAUCCUAUCCACCCACCGGGGAUCUUAGAAGAGGAGCUCAAGCCCGAGGCAUGCUUGGGAACCGUCGACGCCAGCACAUUACCCAAAGAAGAGGCCCCGAACCUUCUCAACUUGGACGAGAUGGAGGAAGUGGCUGCUAAGCAAGUAAGCAAGAAGGCUUGGGCGUACUAUUACUCUGCAUCCGACGACAAAGUCAGCAAACACUUCAACAAUCAGGUCUACCGUUCCAUUCUUCUACGACCAAGAGUGUUUGUGGACUGCGCGAAGUGCGAAUUGGAUACAACUGUACUGGGUCACAAAUUAAAAACCCCAAUCUAUGUGUCUCCCGCCGCUAUGGCGCGACUCGGUCACCCUUCUGGCGAAGCCGGUAUCGCGGAAGCAUGCCGCAGCUUUGGAGCUAUGCAGAUUAUCUCUAACAAUGCUUCCAUGACCCCCGAGCAGAUUGUCAAGGAUGCCGCACCGGACCAGAUCUUUGGUUGGCAACUUUAUGUCCAAAUCGAUCGCAAGAAGAGUGAGACUAUGCUUGCACGCAUCAACAAGCUCAAGUCAAUCAAGUUCAUCGUGCUUACCCUUGACGCCCCAGUUCCUGGAAAGCGUGAGGAUGAUGAGCGAACUGGUAUGACUGGAAGAACAGCCGCAGUCACAAGCGGCGUGAAGGCCGCCGAGCGUUCAGCAGACGAUACCCCUAAUCCGACAGAGGGAUCAGGCGGUGUUGGUCAGCAACUAUUCGCCGGUACAGACCCAUCUUUGACAUGGACGAAGACUCUAGCCUGGCUCGCCACACAGACAGACCUCCCUAUUGUCUUAAAGGGUCUGCAGACUCACGAGGAUGCAUACCUCGCCUCGCUCCACGCACCUCAGGUGAAGGGUAUCAUCCUUUCUAACCACGGAGGUCGUGCUAUGGACACUGCCCCUCCAGCUGUCCACACCCUUUUGGAGAUCCGGAAGUACUGCCCCGAGGUCUUUGACAAGAUUGAGGUCUACGUAGAUGGAGGUAUCCGUCGCGGUACUGAUGCUGUGAAGGCUCUCUGUCUGGGUGCAAAGGCUGUUGGUCUUGGACGUGCUGCUCUCUGGGGUCUCGCAGCAGGUGGUGUCGACGGUGUCCGUCGUACCUUGCAGAUUUUGAACGAUGAAAUGAAGACGUGUAUGCGUCUACUUGGUGUGGAUAGUGUGGAUCAAUUAGGACCUCAGCAUAUCAACACUCGUAUGACCGAGCAACAGAUCUACGAUGGACCUGCUGGUCUCGAACAACUACAGGCAUUCCGUGCAAAGCUAUAA